UUCUGAUUUUUGCUAUUCAAGCGGCAAAAUAACGCUCGCCGGUUGUCCUCUUUUGCAAUUUCUCAAAAACCCUUUGAGGACUCAUUGCGAAAAUCCCCAAAUGACUUUUUUUUUUGGUUAAAAAACUAUACCACAUUUUGCGUGUUAGAAGAAGCUAGGUCUUUUUAAUCGUUACGAUUGAUUUCUUUAAUUUUUUUUUAAAUUUCAAUUUCUUAUCCUGUUCGAUUGGUCUGAUCUGGUCAUGGAUUCGCGAGAUUCGUUAUCGCCGUCGGCUCCGAAUCUGGAUGGUUCCGCCGGCGACGAUGUGGGAGACCUUCCCGUCACCGUCGCACUCGCUAAAGAAGCAGCUCUUCACUUCCAGUCUAGAAAGUUCGCCGAGUGCGUUAAUGUGCUGAAUCAGCUAAAGGUUAAGAAAGAAGGCGAUCCGAAGAUUUUUCAUAAUAUUGCAAUUGCGGAGUUUUUUCGGGAUGGUUGCUCAGAUCCAAAGAAGUUGCUUGAGGUCCUUAAGAAUGUCCAGAAGAGAUGUGAAGAGCUUGCUCAUGCAUCUGGGCAACAGGAGGAGUCUGGUAGAAGUUCUGGUAAUAAAUUUACUUCGGACUCAAAAGGAAGUGGUACAACCAUACAGCAGUUUUCUUCGGAUAGUGCCAGUGUUAUUUACACAGACGAAUUUGAUACCUCUGUGGCUGCUCUAAACAUAGCAGUCAUCUGGUUCCACCUUCAUGAAUAUUCGAAGGCUUUAUCAAUUCUUGAACCUCUGUAUCAAAACAUUGAACCAAUAGACGAGACAAUAGCCCUUCAUAUCUGCCUUUUGUUGCUGGAUGUUGUGCUUGCUUGCCAUGAUGCUUGGAAAUCUGCCGAUGUUUUAAAUUUGGAAAAAGCAUUUGGCAUCAGCAAUGUGAGCCAAGGAGAAAUUGGUAACACGGCCAAUCAACAAUCCACGAAUCUAGUUGUAAAAUCUUCCUCAGUUCCUAGCAGUCUUGUCUCUGAUGCAUCUAGUCCAGAUUUAGCUGCUAGUGUAAAUUCUUCUGAGAAUCCUCUAUCUAGAACUUUAUCGGAUGACCGACUGGAUGAAAUGUUUUCGACACUGGAUAUUGGUGGAUAUAACCUAACACGGCCUGCUGGUCUUACAUCUGUAAAUGAUCAUCCCCGGAUCACAGUUGAUGGAUCUAUCUCUGGUGUUGAUUUGAAACUCAAGUUGCAACUUCACAAGGUUCGGUUUUUGCUGCUAACUAGAAAUCUAAAGCUAGCAAAGCGUGAAGUCAAGCAUGCUAUGAACAUUGCUCGAGGUAGAGAUUCAUCUAUGGCCCUCCUCUUGAAGGCUCAGCUUGAGUAUACUCGUGGAAACUAUCGAAAAGCCAUCAAGUUGUUGAUGGUGUCAAAUAAUCGGACAGAUGCAGCAAUUUCAAGCAUGUUUAAGAACAAUCUAGGCUGCAUUUACUAUAAACUUGGGAAGUAUAAUUCGUCUGCAGUUUUCUUUUCCAAGGCACUCGGUAUUUGUUCAUCUCUUCAAAAGGAGAAGCCUUUAAAGCUAUUAACAUUCUCACAGGAUAAAUCCCUCCUCAUAGCAUAUAACUGUGGGUUGCAGUACUUGGCAUGUGGGAAACCAAUACUUGCUGCUCGUUGUUUCCAGAAGGCAUGCUUAAUUUUCUACAGAAGACCUGUCUUGUGGCUUCGGCUCGCUGAAUGUUGUAUAAUGGCUGUAGAGAAAGGGCUUGUGAAAGGAAGUCAAACUCCAUCAGACAGAUCAGAAAUUAGAGUCAAUGUUAUUGGCAAGGGUAGGUGGAGGAAACUUCUAAUUGACUAUGGGACUUCAAGAAGUGGACAUGUAGAUUCUGUUGAAAAGAAUGAUUGGGCUUUAGGCAGUGAUGGGCAGCCUAAGCUUUCAUUACCCCUUGCUAGGCAAUGUCUCUAUAACGCACUGCACUUGCUGAACUGUUCUGAAUGGAGUAAUUCUAAAUCUGUCUUACCCUCCAAUUCAUCCUUGGAGGAGAGUGAAUCGAGCAGUGGAACAUCUUCCAAGAACCCAAUCCAUAAGAAGUUACCCAGCAUCAAUUCCUUGGCUUCAACCAUAUUAGCUGGUUCGGUUAACUCAAAUGGAGAUUUGAAAGAGACGAAGGGAGGAGCUAAUAACGAGAUUCUUCAGAACUCUGUCUCCUAUUAUGAAGACAUCCGCAGAAGAGAAAAUCAGAUGAUUAAGCAAGCUCUUCUAGCUAACCUGGCAUAUGUAGAGUUAGAACUGGAUAAUCCUUUGAAGGCCCUCUCUGCCGCACUAUCGCUGUUAGAAUUACCAGGUUGUUCAAGAAUUACUUUUCUAGGCCAUGUCUAUGCGGCAGAGUCACUCUGCUUACUGAACAAACCUAAGGAAGCUGCAGAGCGUUUGGCCAUUUAUUUGUCUGGGGGCAACAACGUUGAAUCGCCGUUUAGUCAAGAGGACUGUGAGCUGUGGCAAGUGGAAAAACCUGUCGAUUGUGAAGAACCUAGUGGAGGAGCACCAGCAGCUGCCAAGAAUCCUUCUCAUGAGGGUUUGCGGGUAUACAAGUUUCUGAAGCCAGAAGAGGCACGUGGAACAAUUUACGCAAAUCUUGCCGCUGUGUCUGCAAUACAAGGUGAACUUGAGCUGGCUCACCAUUUUGUGACACAAGCGUUGUCCCUAGUUCCAAACAGUAGCGAAGCCACUAUGACCGCAAUUUAUGUCGAUCUCAUGCUGGGUAAGUCAGAAGAAGCUCUUUCCAAGUUAAAACAUUGUAGUCAUGUCAGAUUCCUACCCAGCAGUCUACAGUUGAAUAAAUCCUCCUAAUUGUUGUG